UACUUUAGCUACUUGGUUAUUCACUUCCUGGUUAUGUAAUUUGACAUACGUUAUUCAGAUAACUUUAAUAACUGGAGUUGCUGGUUUAGCUGCCCGCCAUCAAGCAAAAUAUUUUACGGCAUCUAACGUUAACUACAUCUAGCUAACUGCGCAGACGCCAUGGAAUGUUGUUGGUGAUCAUGCUAACGGUAACUAACAAACGUUAUCCAACGUUUGUUCAUUUUCGCCGUAUCUGUGACACAGGAUCUCAGCUGGGAGUGUGGUCUCCCGUUGCCUGCAAAGUGAAGCUUGGUGUCUGCUUUUGAGUCUUGCCCACCCCCCCCACCUGGUGGUUCCUUAUGCUAGAUUGCAGCUGUAACCAGUGUCUUGCAGGAUGGAUGGGGUGGAUCUAAAAGGUCCCGUAUGUCAGCAUCAGCGCUUCCUUUUCUGUUACCGUGUGUCCAUUUACAAAAGAACACCUUUUCUCCAUCCAGACUCUAAACUUUGUAUGCUGUCUAACUGUUUUUAAGUACCAAGCACUCAGGUACAAAUACGAGAUCUUCAAAACAAGCCUCUGUUUAGCAAGGUUUUCUAUUUUGGACCAGAUAGAUUUCAGUUUCUUUCCAACGCCUACAUGGAGGAAGUUUGAGUUGUCUUGUUCCUGUUGAAUCGUGUCUGCUCACAGUUGCCGUGGGUGGUGGGAUGUCGGAAAAGCCCAACGACAAGAUGGUGAAGUUCCUGGCUCCCGCUUCCAAGAGCGGUAAUGGUAAUGGAAACAACGGUUCUAGUUCGGACUCCCUUGUUGGUGAACGGAUGGAGGUGGCGGUGAGGAGGCGCCACCACACCAUGGAGCGCGACCGCUGCAAUGCAGAACAUCGAACCUUCUUCCGACGCAGCGUCAUCAGUGAUUCCAACGCAACUGCCCUUGACCUUCCCUUACCUGGUAAAAUCCCAGUCGAAACACCCCUAGUGCCCUGCGUGCAGGAGGUCCUUCCUGCUGGUGCAACCAUUUUCCCAAGAGUAGUACCCCGUGUGACUGUGACGGAAGAGUCGACAGAGAGCGAAGGAGAAGUGAAGGUGGUUUCUGUAGUUCAGAAGGCUGCUGUAGUACAGGACAUCUGUGAUGGGGAAAUAGUGGUGUCUCAGCCAGCCAACAUUGUAGCUGCCCAACCGCCAAGCCAAACAACAAACCGUGGGAGUGAGGUGAAGGAAAGAGAGGUGGGUGAGGAAGGCGAGGAAGACAAGGAGAAAGCCAGGGUAGAGGCUGAGCAGAGAGAGGCAGAGAAGAAGGUGCAGGAUGACAUUGAGGAAGCGGAGACAAAAGCAGUGGGAACGUCGCCGGAUGGUCGUUUCCUCAAGUUUGACAUUGAGAUUGGACGUGGUUCCUUUAAGACGGUUUACAAGGGCCUGGACACAGAGACCACAGUGGAAGUGGCAUGGUGCGAGCUGCAGGACCGGAAGCUGUCCAAGUCAGAGCGCCAGCGGUUUAAGGAGGAGGCGGGCAUGCUGAAAGGGCUGCAGCAUCCCAACAUCGUCCGCUUCUACGACUCCUGGGAGGCCCCUGUUAAAGGCAGGAAGUGCAUUGUGCUGGUCACAGAACUCAUGACCUCCGGAACACUGAAAACGUAUUUGAAGCGCUUCAAGGUGAUGAAAAUCAAGGUUCUGCGGAGCUGGUGUAGGCAGAUCCUGAAGGGCCUCCACUUCCUCCACACAAGGGCCCCUCCCAUCAUCCACAGGGACCUGAAGUGUGAUAACAUCUUCAUCACGGGCCCCACCGGCUCUGUCAAAAUAGGAGACCUGGGACUGGCCACGCUGAAGAGGGCCUCUUUUGCCAAGAGUGUCAUAGGUACCCCUGAGUUCAUGGCGCCUGAGAUGUAUGAGGAGAAGUACGACGAGUCAGUGGAUGUGUAUGCCUUUGGGAUGUGCAUGCUGGAGAUGGCCACCUCAGAGUACCCAUACUCCGAGUGCCAGAACGCUGCACAGAUCUACCGCAGAGUCACUAGUGGGGUGAAGCCUGGCAGCUUCGACAAAGUGGCCAUUCCCGAAGUGAAGGAGAUCAUUGAGGGAUGCAUCCGACAGAACAAGGAUGAGAGGUACUCUAUUAAGGACCUGCUGAACCAUGCCUUCUUCCAGGAGGAGACAGGGGUGCGUGUGGAGCUGGCUGAGGAGGAUGACGGAGAGAUGGAGGCCAUCAAGCUGUGGCUGAGGAUAGAGGACAUCAAGAAACUGAAGGGGAAGUACAAAGACAACGAGGCCAUUGAAUUCUCCUUUGACCUCAGCAAGGAUGUCCCGGAGGACGUGGCCCAGGAGAUGGUGGAGUCUGGAUAUGUAUGUGAAGGGGACCAUAAGACCAUGGCCAAAGCCAUCAAGGACCGGGUUUCUCUGAUUAGCAGGAAGAGGGAGCAGAGGCAACAGGUGAGAGAGGAGCAAGAGAAGAGGAGGCUCGAGGAGGAGCAGGGCCAACAACAAUUGCAGCAACAACAGCAACUGCAGCCGAGCCAACCACUACCAGGGGUCCAGUCUGGUCUAGAGGCCCCACAACCAGCCCAGCCUCAGGCAGCCCCCCAGCUAGGCCAACAGGCUGCUUCCUAUGUCCCAGCACAGCCCACUCAGCUGCCAGGCCAGGCCAACCUGCCGAUGGCCCAAUACAUGCCCCCCCAGACAGCACAGGGGGGUUCCUAUAUACCCCAGCCUACAGGGCAGCUACCGCUCUCUGUCCCAUUAUCGUCCCAGGCUCCUGUGCAUCCAGAGUUGGAGGCUCCAGAGCUGGACCCUCAACAGACUGAGAAAGAUCGAGUUCAGGUUUCUUCCAUCCUUUCAGAGACCCACCCAGUUCAGCCAGUGGUGUCAUAUAGCUCUCUUCCCAAUCAGCAACCUCAACCACAGGCCACAUACCCACAGGCUCCGCCCUCUGUCCAAACCAACCAAUCCCAGCAGUCCAUGGUGGUUUCUGGUGCCCAGCCUGCCGCUGUUGUUUCUGGGCCUCCCAGUUCCCAACCUGCACCUGGGGCUCCACAACAGUACGGAGGUUACUACCACCCAUCGCUCCCCACUAAGGUGCCUCCCACCUCUCAGCCUGUUCCUCCCCUGCACCUGCAGCAGCCACAGCUAGAGGGCAUCAGUGCACCUCACAGCCAGAGCUCAGCACCAUCACCACUCCUGCCUGCAGCCCAGCAAACACAGUCAUGGGCCAAUGAACCUAGCCCUAUCCUGUCUCCUCCAAUCAACGCAGAGCACCUCUACUUCCUCUAUCAGGCUACAAACCUAUCUGUGCAGCAGGCCCCUGUGAGUGUUUCUCAAGCAGGCGAGCCAACAGCAGGCCAGACAGCUGUGGGACCUCAGUCUGUGGAGGGUUGUCUGUCAGAUGCAGCGUCUGGCCUGAGUGACGGCUGUGAGGGCGUGUCAGGAGGUAGACACGAGGGCCGGUCCAUGAUCAAGCGGCAUCAGCGGCGCUCCGUACGCAGUCGUUCCCACCACGAGAAGACCACCAAGGCCAAGCUCAAUGUUCUCAACAUCUCUAACAUGGGGGACCGGGUGGCAGAGUGCCAGCUGGAGACCCACAACAGGAAGAUGGUGACCUUCAAAUUUGACCUGGAUGGAGAUAAUCCUGAUGAGAUUGCUGCGAUCAUGGUUGUGAGUGAGUUCAUCCUGGAGAGCGAACGUGAUUUGUUCAUUGAGCAGGUUCGUGAGGUUAUCGAAAUGGCGGACGAUAAGGGAGAGGGCCUGAAAGAAGGCUACACUCAACCGCCAUUUACUCAGAUAGUGAUAGAUGACCCCUCACAGCAGUCUGACAUGCACACUCCUCUGCCUGGUGUUCUUCCCAGCGUUGCUGCCCAGGUUGUCCACUCUGCUGGUCGCAGGUUCAUUGUCAGCCCCGUCCCAGAGUCCCGUCUGAGGGAACAGUUCUUUGGCCCUUGCUCUGCUAACACCUCGUUUGGGGACGAGCUGCCACCAGUGAGUUUGGGUCUGUCCCUGUCAGCCCCCUCAGGCCGCCUCCAGCAGGCCUUCACUGAGAUGAGGCAGAUGCAUGGGGAGAGACGUGCUACCAUGAGCAACAUAGCAGAGUCACACCCCAGCAUAGUCCCCUGUCCCCAGGCUGGCAUGCGCCCCUCCUCCCCUCCCUUCCUGGCUCCCCAAGACCCUACAGCCCCCACCAUCUCAUCCUCAACUCUACCUCCAGUCUCUGUCAUCCCCUCUGGGUCCUCCUCCCUUCCCCCUUGUCAAGUUGCCACUGGGAGGGUGUCUCCAACCCCAGCCCCUGUAACCACUGAUACAACCCCACAUUUCCAGCCAGGCUACCAACCUGCCCCAGUUACAACCACUCCCCUGGCUGCGUCUCAAGACAUCCCGGCCUCCCUGCCUCCAGCCUCUGCCCCCGUACCUCCUGUCUCUGGAGCUACACCCUGCUACUCUGAAACUGUGCCCAGCUCAGAACAGCAGUCUGCCGCUAACCCUGUUCCUAUCCAGUCCUCUCAACUUAUCAGUUCAUCUGGACCUGGCACUCAGCCCUCCUCGUCCCAGUCUCAGCCAGUCCCUACCUCCGUCCCUUUGGCACAGGCCCUGACCCCCUUUCCACCCUCCACCCAGCCCUCCCAGCCUGUGGACUCCGAUGGGGGAGAGUCCCAAUCCAAGGUCCCUGGUAUUGAUGACAUCCAUGCCCUGGAUAAGAAGCUACGCUCCCUCUUUAAAGACACUUCCUCCGCUGAGGCUGGCAACACGGGGACCACCUCUCCACCCACAGAAACAGUUUCCCCUCCACCUGGUGCAGCCCUGGUGCCCCCCUCCAACCUGUCCCUCACUGCAGGGGGACAGGGCACUUCAGUCACCAGUUCCGUCCCUGGACAGGAUGUCACUCCAGGGGGACUCGCCCAGGCACCCUCAGAAAAGCCUGGUCAAGCCACCAGAGCACAGGCAGGGACACCUACCUCUGAGCAACUGCCUCCAUUCCCAGGACCAAACCAGCCUGUGGGAAGUCAAGACGGCCAGCUGAAGAGAGCUCCGAGUCCAGAGACCGUUCCAGUGAGCAGCGGGGCUGUCCCUCCCGCCACAGGGGUUGUAAAAUUGGGACGCUUCCAGGUCUCCGUUGCAUCAGAUGCAGGCAACAGCAGCACUCCAGACCCUCUCAACAUCGCCUCCUCUUCCUCCCUCACCCCCUCAUCCUCCUCCUCUUCAUCCUCCUCUUCCUCUUCCUCCCUCUCCAGUCCGGAGAAUACUCUCCACCGCUCCUCCUCCCUCUCCAGAGGGGUCAGAAGAGGAAACUCUGUAGAUGGUCUCUCUACUGUCCCAACACAGCCCACCACCAUUGGACGUUUCCGGGUGUCCACCAGUGCCAGUCUUAGCUCCGCCUCUAAAGUGGGCCGUUUCUCAGUGACACCAGCGACAGCAAAUCCUACAGACCUAUCAGCAUCUAGCCACUUCCAUCAGAACGGCCCAUCCUCUUCAACGAUGUCUGAUCCCCAAAAUUGCAAUCCCGCCAUGAACAACAACUUGUUUCACAGUUACAUUAGCAGCGACAACGAGGACGAUUCUGGACCAGAAGAUGAGGCCUUCCAGAUGGAAAUCAGCCGCCUUCGAGAGAAACACAUGAAGGAGAUUCAGACCCUCUACUCCCGUCAGAAGGAGGAGAUAGAGGCUCUGUUCACCAAGCUGGGUAAACCACCUCCUUCGGCUGUCCUCUCCCCAGCUGUGGCCAUGGCAGGGGGACGACGAAGGCCCAAGAGCAAGACUAGCAAAUUGUCCCGAAGCAGUGGCCAGCCCAGCCCCCUGCACUUAGGAGCUCCAGUCUCAGGCCAAAGCCCCCAAGCCUCCCCUCCUAAGCAGACGACUCUCCCCACAGCUGGUGUCUCUGAAUCAGGCAGCCAAACCUCCCUCCAGAACCUCAAAUCCUCCCCCUCUUUGCCUAGCUUCAGCACCUCCACCAUGGGAAUCACUGGGACCAGUUCAGACAGCGGAGCGAACCCCAGUCAGUCCCAGCUAUCAGGCCCUAAUGUAGCCCCGGCCUUAACACAGAGCCGCAAGGGCACAUUCACAGAUGACCUGCACCUGCUGGUUGACAACUGGGCCCGAGAUGCCAUCAUCCUUUCCCAGGGCAAAAAAGGACCCAAGGGGCCAGCCCAGGGACCUGGACACGAUAUCCCUCUACACAUCCCUCCACAAGCUAACAUGGGCAGGAAGUUCUCAGCCCCUGGCCACCUCUGUCCUACCCUACCUAUCACCACUGCAACAGCCCUGACAGGCGCUCAUCUACCCAUCACCACCAACCCCUCCAUCCCCCUAUGCCAGCGUCAGGGCUCUUUGGCUGCGCCUUCCCAGGGUUUUGGCUAUGGAACAGCCCCCUACAGUGCCCCCCAGUGGCCAGGAAGUGCAGGUUCCUGUCAGGUGGGUCUCCUGGCACCCACCCAGCCCCUGGCGCAGUACCAGCCCCAGGUGCCCUCCUCAACCUCAGCUCCCCUUCAACAGGCCUUUCACAUGGGAGCCACCCAGAAACCUGUCAGCAACCCCGGAGGUCCCAACCUGAGGCCUACGUAGCCCAACCUGCUGCCCUGGACCUGGGUUAGUCAGGCUGGGCUGAUGGGGACUGAGGGAGAUUGGAGGAGAGCCAUAGGAAAACCACUAGCACUCUCUGAUGUUUUGUUUGGCUGGCUGGCUGGUUGGUGUGGUGGAAGAAAAAAUAUGAAGUGAGAUCAGAGAGGAGACUGUGGUUAAGUCUGUUCAGACCGAGCAAGACAUCUGUCUGUUGGAGUGAGGGAGAGUGCAAUACAUACCCAUAGCACACUAAUCACACCUUUACCCAUACCAGGGCCCAUUUCUGUCUGCCAGUGGCUGUGGAAUCAAUCUGUGAUUGACAUUUGGGCUGGUCCAAAAAAAGCCAUGGACCAAGGGUCACCAACUACAAAGAAGAUAUUUGUUGAAAGCACCAUUGUGAGAUCAUUCCCUUGAAGUAGAGGGUAAGGAAGGGGAAACUUCUUGACUGUACCUGGCCUUAAGUGUAGUUGUGCUCACAGGUGGAGAGAAACCCUGCGAACACACAUGCCUCCAAUCUCUGGUUGAGAUUCAGGGGUGUUUUAUAGUAAGAUGUCUUGGUGAGCUAUAUUAAUUGUGGGUAACAUGUUUGUAAAAGUAUGAAGAAAGAAGAGGGCAAGUAAAGAUGUAGAAGAUAGAAGUGGUAGAAUUAUAAGAAAGGUAAAUGAAAGUCUGUCAGAGGGUUAUAGUGGGUAGCCAAUACAGUAAGAUGCAAUAAUAGCAACGUGAGUAAUGGAGUGAGCAGUGGCCUUACCGAAGUAUUUCACCGUUUUACAACUUGUUGUCAGAUGGUUCUGCACACUGAAGUAGUCUAUGGGCCAAGAGAAACUAAUACAUGGUUCAGUUUUUUUAAACAGCCCAGAAGUUGUUAAAUAGUGAACUUCUCCUUUAAACCCCCAAAAUAUCUUUGUAUACCGAUACAUUUGGUAAGGAUUCCAUGGUUAUAUUUUACGCUCAUACCCUCUGAGCUGGUCCGAUGUGAUGUUGUGACUGGCUGUGUUUGAGACCAUCUUAUGUUAAUGUGAGUAUGGACCCUUUUGUAGAUGGUGUUUAUCAAUUCGUACUUCACCUUUUGUGUCCAUGUUUUGGAUUUAGCCUGACGUGAAUAACCAUGAGUGAUUUGGGUUUACACCUUAGUGAUUGGUUAGACUCAUUGACUGAAACCUGUCAGUGGUCUGUUUUGGGCUUUAGCUACUGUGAUCUUUAGUGUGCUUUUGGUUUGAGACCAUAGCUGUAUUGUCAGUUGUCUCUCACCUCACCUAGUGAACUGCAGUCAGACUCUGACCAGAGUUAUGGCCCUCUGCACAGUUCUGGUUAGAAAGGUUUUACAUUCCAGAGGCAUAUGGAUGCUAUCAAUGGAUACUACUGGUAUAUUAUCUAGAGAUUGAACAGUGCAUGAUAGCCUCUUACUAUUACAACUUCUCAAAUGUCUCAACCUUAUUUCCUAUUGUUUUCAAAUCAUGACAUUGUCAGGGUUACUCUUUGUGUUCAUUUGUGUAUAUUUAAAUAAAAAAGCUAAAUAGAUUUUCUUUAUGGACUUGUAUUCAGCCAUCAGAUUUUGAUGUUGUUUCACUGUAAUUAUUAUAAAAGGUUGUUAAACAACGUGUAGUUAAAGGAAUAUAAAAGUGCAAUUGCAGGGUUACUAUUGUACUCAGUAACACAAGGGAGUAGUCCUUUGCUUUUUCUGCUCUUAUACAACAACCUGUCCUUUUCUGUUUUACUGUGUAUAUAUUUAUAAAGUAAAAGGGUUGCAUAUGAAAUAAUUAUUCACAUACUGCUCCAUCACAAUAGAGUACUAGUCUUGCUAUAACCCACUCCCACAGUAUACACUGACUGCCCUGUAAACGUAUGUAACUCUUUAGUGCCUUGCAUCCUCACUAAGAGAAAUUCCACCAUGUUAACUGAGCCCCGCUGUUCUGACGGACUUAAGUCCAGUGACUGAAAGAUAGAUUAACUACGGACCUGUGAGGUCCAUCAGAAACGGUUUCAGAAACGUAAAUGUGUAAUGUGGAGGUUAUAACAAAUGGACUAGAAGUCUGUGUCCAGAGAGACAAGUGAUGUUCUUACACACGACUGAUUAAUAGACAGCAGGGCACACUGGGUUUGCAUUAAAAAUCUAGAGUCAUCAGCAGAACAGCGUUUCUUUUUGUGUGUAAGCUGUAUAUCCUAUACUGGUUAUGGAAUACGGUGGGCGAUUUGGGGAGUUCCUGAAUGAACCAAUCAGAAAAGUGUUGCACAGCAGCACUUGUUUUACGUAGAGGAGAAAACUAAACAUAUUUCUCCCCAUUGGCACUAUUCCUUGCUCCUUUGCCACCUCACAUGAUAAGUGCCAUUCCCCUCACUACAGCUACCACCUCACCUACCCUUGCCUGGAUUGAACAACUUCUAAAUUCUCUAGAGAAUAUUAAGUUACUGCAAUGCAGAAUAUGCAAUGUUUCAAGUUUUAUAGGGAGUGAUGGGAAAUGGAUAUGUUCACAUACCGAGGGUUGUUACUGACUUGACGAAGUGUUUUGAUAUUGGGAAACCCUAGAUCCUACUUUUUUCUUUGUUCGUUAUUCUUUGCCUUGCUCUGAGUCCACAGUGCCGAUGUUGGUUUGCCAUUCACAGCUGUCACAGGCAAAUGUUUCAGUUAGUCUUACAAUAUCUGCAUUUCUGGAAGUUUGCAUGUUAACCGAUUUUAGAACUUAGACUUACCUAGAACACAACCCACCAAUCCACUGUACAGCCCAUGGUAAUUUAUCAUAUUAACAGUAAGUAGUUAUUUAUCCUCAAGUAGUUGGAAGAUUCUCUUGGCACAUUCUCUCAUCACUUAAAAUUACUAAAAUAAGUUAUUUCAUGUUGUUUUCUUGGAUUUCUGUCUGUUU